AUGGCUGAUCAGAUACCUAAUAAUCAGAAUCAGGAUCAAAAUCAAAAUCAAAAACCAUCACACAAAAAAAGACAAAGAGGUUAUUCAUUAAGAACUCAACUUUUCAAUAAAACUGUUGAUAAACAACUGCGAUCUGACACAGAAAGUGGUACUCCGGCGGGUCAGUUGGCUGAUAACAUAGAGUUGGUUCAAAUAAAUGAUCAAAAUAAUCAAAAUGGUCCACUUGCAGAAAUUAAUUCAUUAGAUGAACGAGAAGAGAAUGAACAAUCUUCAAACCCAGUCCAUCAAUCAAAUCGUGAAUUCAGAUCAUCUAUUAUAUCAUCAGACAAUGAAGAGCUUCAAGAACCAAAGAAAAUAAGGCAUGAUUCAAGAAAGAAAACUUAUUCUGGUCAAAGAGGUAAAUUAUCCAAAACUUUACAGGAUGUCAAAAAUUUUAUGUUUAAUAUCAGACCAUAUAAAACUUCAAAAAAUGGUCGUAAACUUCCAGUAUCAUUGACCAAAGAUUUCAAUCAUUCAGUUUACCCAACUGUGCAAUCCAAGAAAGGAGACGAAUUAUUACUAGAUGAAAGGUAUAAAAAACCAUAUUUAAACAAUGUCAUCACAUCUGCCAGAUAUUCAAUAUAUACAUUCUUACCGCGUCAAUUAUAUGCCCAAUUUUCCAAAAUUGCAAACCUUUAUUUUCUUACAGUGGCUAUUUUACAAAUGAUUCCUUCUUGGUCGACCACUGGUACUUAUACAACUAUUGUUCCACUCUUAAUUUUCAUCACAAUUUCAAUUGUCAGAGAAGGGUAUGAUGACUGGAGAAGACAUUUACUGGAUAAGAAAGAAAAUAAUCAAUUCUCCAAGAUUGUUCAACAUAAAGAUAGUAAAAGAGCAUUGGGAUAUGGCGAUAAUACGUCAAUUUAUUCACUGUCAAGAACUACAAGUCAUAACUCUGUCUCAAGAUUAGAUCCUGAAGAAUAUGAGUAUGAUCAACCUCGGAAGCAAGAUGCUUUCAACCAGCCAAAUACAUUCACAAGGGACAAUUAUCUCAAACAAUUAGAUAUUUCGGUUAACAAGAUCAAGUGGAAGGAUAUAAAAGUUGGUGACAUUGUUAAAUUAGAACAAGAUGAACCGGUACCAGCUGAUAUCAUAUUAUUGACUUCGGAUGGUGUUAAUGAAAAUGAAGUGUUUGUGGAAACAAUGGAUCUUGAUGGGGAAACAAAUUUGAAAUCAAGGAUACCACAUCGUAAAAUUACAAAUAUCAUGAAUACGGCUAAUGGCUUAAAGAAUUUCCAAGCUGGUGUCACUUUUGAAGAUCCAAAUACAGAUCUUUAUAAUUUUGAAGGUGUUUUAGAGCUUGACGGUAAAACAUAUCCUCUUGGGCCAGAAAAUGUUAUCUAUAGAGGUUCCAUUAUAAGAAAUACAAGUAAUGUUAUUGGUCUUGUUAUAUUCACAGGUGAAGAAUCCAAAAUCAGAAUGAAUGCCAUCAAAAAUCCAAGAAUUAAAGCUCCAAAAUUGCAAAAAUACAUCAAUAUGAUUGUUGGGUUUAUGGUUUUUGUUGUGUUGUCAUUAUCGUUGUUUUCAUUCAUGGCUCAAAGAUUAAACUUGAACAGUCAUUGGGAUACUUCAUGGUAUUUAUACAAUCAAGAAGCAGGUAUUGCACCAACAGUGAUGUCAUUCAUCAUUAUGUAUAAUACAUUGAUUCCUUUAUCGUUGUAUGUCACAACUGAAAUUAUCAAAGCUGUUCAAUCUGGUUUCCUACAUUGGGAUAUUGACAUGUAUCACAAACCUUCCAAUACACCGUGUGAAUCAAGAACUGCUACCAUUUUAGAAGAAUUAGGACAAGUCAGCUAUGUAUUUAGUGACAAAACAGGUACUUUGACUGAUAAUUUAAUGAUUUUUAGAAAGUUUAGUGUUGCGGGUACUUCUUGGACUCACAAAACAGAUUCUUCGGUUUUUGCUAAUAAAGAUAACGGGAAAAUUACUGAUAUAAAUGAAUCAAGUAGUGGUGAUGAUGCUGAUAAUGGAUAUAUUUCUUCAAAGACCAGACCAUCAAUUGAUAUUAGAAAAAGUAAUACAGUUUAUACUGGUAGACCAAGUUUAGCAUCUGCAUUAUCCAAAAGAACAGAAAUCUCAAAAUCAAACGCAGAAACUGGCGAAAAUGAUGCGCAAAAUUUCAAGUCAACUUUAGAUUUACUUGAAUAUAUCCAGGUACACCCAAAUACAUUGUUCUCUAAGAAGGCCAAAUUUUUUAUUCUAUCAUUAGCUUUGUGUCAUUCAUGUUUGCCUAAAUCUAUUUCAGAAGAUGAAGAGGAUAUUGAAUAUCAAGCAUCGUCGCCUGAUGAGUUGGCUUUAGUUGUAGCAGCUAGGGAUAUGGGAUAUGUCGUUUUUGGUAAGAAUCAUAAGGAUUUGGCUAUCAGAACUUAUCCAAAUGGGAUGGAUUCGGAUCCAGUUGACGAGGUUUAUACAAUCACUGAUACUGUGGAAUUUUCAUCAGCUAGAAAGAGAAUGUCUGUCGUGGUUAAGUUUCCAGAUGGGCGUUUAUGUUUGAUUUGUAAAGGUGCUGAUAAUAUUAUCAUGGAAAGAUUAAGAAAUUCUGAGUUGGUUAACCAAAAACAGGCUGAACUUUUCAAGUCCACAUCACAAAGAAAAGCUAACGAAGCCCAAUUGGUGUUGCAGCAGCGUCUAUCACAAGAUAUUCCAAGCUCAAGAAAAUCUUUACAAUUCUCUAGACCUUCAAUUGGUGGGGCCUCAAUAAAUUCCAAUGUUAACUCAAUAGAUGAUUUUUUAUCAAAUAAAAAGAGAGAUGAUGAUGAACUAAGUGAUGUUGUUAGUGAGGCAAGAGAGUCACUCAACUUACAGCAACGUAAGAAAUAUAAUAUUGAUUCCACUGAAAGUUAUAUUGGUAAUGAUAAGUUGGUUUUGAACGAGGAAUACAUCAUUGAAAGAACUUUACAACAUAUAGAAGAAUUUUCAACUGAAGGUCUAAGAACAUUAUUAUACGGUUAUAGAUGGCUAGAUAAGAAUGAAUAUGAAAAAUGGUCUCUCGAAUACGCAAGUGCUAAAACAUCACUGAUUGAUCGAGCAAAUUUGAUUGAAAAGGUGGGUGGUAAGCUAGAGAAUAAUUUAGAGUUGGCAGGUACUACUGCAAUUGAAGAUAAAUUACAAGAUGGUGUUUCAGAUACAAUUGAAAAGUUGAGAAGAGCAGGUAUCAAAUUGUGGAUGUUGACUGGUGAUAAAAGAGAGACUGCUAUUAAUAUUGGUUACUCAUGUAAAUUGAUUAAAGACUACUCUACUGUUGUUAUUUUGGAUUCAAAUGAUGAAGAUGUGAUCACUAAAAUGAAUGCAGCAGAUUUAGAAUUGAAAGCUGGUAAUGUUGCACAUUGUGUGGUUGUUAUUGAUGGUGCUACACUGGCUGAUUUUGAAGCUGAUCCAUCUGUUCUUUCGAUUUUUGUUACAUUAUGUACCAAAACUGACUCAGUGAUCUGCUGCAGAGCUAGUCCUUCCCAAAAGGCCAUGAUGGUUACAAAUAUCCGUAAUUUGAAUAAAAAUUUAGUCACUUUGGCGAUUGGUGAUGGUGCUAAUGAUAUUGCAAUGAUUCAAAGUGCUGAUAUUGGUAUUGGUAUCACUGGUAAAGAAGGUUUACAAGCAGCCAGAAGUUCAGAUUAUUCAAUUGCUCAAUUCAAAUUUUUGCAAAAGUUAUUAUUGGUUCACGGUCGUUAUAAUUAUGUCAGAACUUCCAAGUUUGUUUUAUCAACAUUUUAUAAAGAAUUACUUUUUUACUUGACACAAGCCAUAUUUCAGAGAAAUACAAUGUUCACAGGUACUUCACUGUAUGAACCUUGGUCAUUAUCAAUGUUCAAUACCUUGUUUACUUCAUUACCAGUGUUGUGUAUUGGUAUGUUUGAAAAAGAUUUGAAACCUGCAACCUUAUUAGCUGUCCCUGAAUUAUAUUCAAAAGGGCGUUUGAAUGAAGCUUUCAACUUGAGAAUAUUUAUUGGUUGGAUGGUUGUUGCAGCUUCGACAUCAGUAUUGAUUUGUUUCUCAAGUUGGUAUCUCUGGGGCUACUCUGCAUUAUUAGAUAACUCGUUAUAUCCUUGUGGUGUUUUGACAUUUACAGCCAUUGUCUUUACAAUCAACAUCAAAAUACAAUAUUUGGAACAACAUGAUAGAACUUCAAUGAAUUUAGCUUCCUGUUUGAUUUCGUGUCUUGGUUGGCUAUUAUGGUGUUGUUUGUUACCUGGUUUAUAUAAGCAAGAAACAAGUAAAAUUUAUGAUGUUUUCAAGGGUAUUUAUUGGAAAUUCGGUAAAGAUGUUACCUGGUGGGCAAGUUUAUUGAUCAUUGUUGCAAUGCCAUUAUUGUAUGAUAUUAUCUUGCAAGUGCUGAGAAAUUGGUUUAUGCCAACCGACUCUGAUAUUUUUAGAGUAUUGGAGAAAAACACAGAAAUUCGCAGAAAAAUUGAGUCCGAAGCAUUUGAUCAAAUGAAACAAGGAUGGGUCUGGUCCAAAGAUGAAUCAAGACUGGCUAGAUUUAUGCCUCGCAGAAGACAAAACACCAUUACUUUAGAUACUGAAUUACCACCUGGUACCCCAUCUGAAGCAAAAGCAUCAUCGUAUCUGUAUAAUGACGGUGAGUUCGAAACUGAAGUCUUACCAAGUGGUAAAUUACUCAAGAGACGUUUAGGUGAAUCCAAAACCCGUAAAUUGGGUAAGAGAUUAAGAUUUGUUAAGGAAGAUAACGAUGAAGAUGUUGAUAAGAUCAUUGAAGAAAGAAUGAAAGAUUUGGAAUAG